AUGGGAAACGAAAAUGCAACUACAUAUAAACGUAACUUAUAUGAUCCUAAAACAAAUACAAAAAUGAACACUUUAAACGACAACCGAUAUGGUAAUAUAAAUAUUAUUAAAAAUAAUUUGACAUCUUAAACAUAUGCCGAAAUGACCAAAACCUUAAAUGAUGAAUAAUAAUGGGCAAGUCGUGUAAAUGAAUUGAAAUUCCGUUAACAACUUGAUCAUGAAAAUUUAGUAAAAUUAAUAAAUUUCAAUUCUGAAAAAAAAGACGAAUUUUGUUCUACAUUUUUCAAAUUAGGUGUAUUAUAUGAAUAUUUUUCCAAUGAUCUAAAGCAAGAACUUUCUGAAAGAAAAUAAUUCAAUUUACAUUACUAAGAAUCUGAAUUAUGGUAUAUUCUAAAUUCCUUAAUAAGUGUAGCUUCUUAUUUAAAAUCCAAAGAUGCGACACAUAGCGACAUAAGACCCUUUAACGUCCUUUUAGAUAAUAAUAGAUAAAUAAAAUUAGGUGAAGUAUACCUAAAUACACAACCAUUUUCCUCAUAUACUCAAUUAUUAUCCGGAAUGACCCAAGAUUAUUACGUUUCUCCUUAAUUAAUGAACGGAUUAAAAGAAUUUAAGGAUAUCCCUCUCUAUGAUAGAUCAAAAAAUGAAGUUUUUUAAAUAGGAAUGACUCUUCUAGAAGCUGCCACUUUAGAAAAUGUAAGUAACACAUGUUAUGAUAGGGAAAACUUUAUUGUAAAAAAUGAACGAAUCCGUCUAUUAUUGCAAUAAGUAAAAAAUCAACAUUCUAGUCUAUUAGCUGAUACAUUAGAAAAAAUGUUAUUAGAAAACGAAAUGUAAAGAAGCACUUUCGAAGAUGUUUUAAGUGUAACAAAAAACGUAAGAAUAGCAAACUCAUUAUCAACUGUAGAAAUUAAAUAAAUAAUUUCUCCCUAAAUGAAAAGCUAGUUGCCUUAAGUUUCUCCAAAAUAAGUACCUUUAGAUAGCUAUGUAACUUAUUAGCCUUUAGAAUCGAAAAUAAACUAUGUUCCUAUGGAUAAUAAAGUUACAUACGUUAGUGUGGACAAUUAUAAACCUUUAGAAACCCCUAAUGUAGUAUAUUAACUUAUAGGAACUCCUAACAUAGUCUAUUAGACUAAUUAACCUCAAAAUAUAACAUAUCAACCUAUCGAAAAUACUAAUUUAGAUAAUAGAACAAUAAAUAAUUACAAAGUUUAGCCUGCAAGUUAUGCUUACGAAGUUCAAUAACCUCCAGUUUAAGUAAAUUCAUAUGAAAAUGAUGAUUUGAAUGCUAGAAUUUAAGCCGUUUUGGCUAUGAGUAAAGAAACCGUAAAUAAAUAUGGCAAUAAUAACUAGAACUUUCUUAAAUGA